UUCUCCCGUCCCGUGCUCAACCUGUUCCGACCUGGUUUUCCUCCAACCGGCGAACCAGCCAAACCCUAGAACGAACCGACCGAGCAGGCCAUCGCCACCCCACGGACUCGCCGCUGCCGCUGCAGCUGUCGCGCCGCAUGGCCGAGUACGAGGAGCGCUACGAGGGCAACGGCGACCCCGCCGCCGCCGCCGUCACCGGAGGUGCCCCGCCGACCAAGCCCUCCGGUUUCUCCGACCAACCCGACGGCCGCUCCCAGCAGGAGGUACAGCCACAUGAGGGAAGGUCCUCAAAAUCUAGAGAGAGGGACAGAGGACGAGAGAAGGACAAGGACAAGGAGCGUGAUAGAGAACAUGGAAGAGAUAGAGAAAGGGGCCGGGAUAAGGACAGGGAGAGGGAUCGGGGUGACCGGGACCGGGAACACGACCGCUACCAUAGGGAGCACCGUGAAAGAAGUGAAAAAAGGGAGUACCAUGAAAGAAGUGAAAAAAGGGAGCACCGUGAAAGAAGUGAAAAAAGGGAGCACCGUGGCCAUUCUGAUGACCAUGAUCGUCAUCGCAGCCGUGAACGUGAUGUUGAAAGAAGAGACCGUGACAGAGAUGGCCAUCGCAGGCAUCGCUCCCGUUCCCGUUCUAAGGGUCGUGAACGCAGAUCCAGAUCUCGUUCGCGUUCUCGUUCAAAGAGCAAGCGGGUGAGCGGAUUUGACCAGGGACCAUUGCAAUCCAUUCCUAUGGUUACUCCUGGCACGACCCCAGGUCAGCUGCCCGCAGUUGCCCCUCUUAUUACUGGGAUGCUUCCAAACAUGUUUAAUUUCACUGCUCCUACGCAGUUCAAUCCUCUAGUUAUGCAACCACAGGCCAUGACACAACAGGCUACCCGGCAUGCUAGGCGUGUUUAUGUUGGUGGACUUCCACCAACUGCCAAUGAGCAGACAGUUGCUAUAUACUUCAAUCAAGUUAUGGCUGCUAUUGGAGGAAACACAGCUGGUCCUGGUGAUGCUGUUCUUAAUGUAUACAUAAACCAUGACAAGAAAUUUGCUUUUGUGGAGAUGAGGUCUGUGGAGGAAGCAAGCAAUGCAAUGGCCUUAGAUGGUAUAAUGUUUGAGGGAGCACCGGUGAAAGUUAGAAGGCCAACAGACUAUAAUCCUUCCCUGGCUGCUGCACUGGGUCCAAGCCAGCCAAACCCUAAUCUCAAUCUUGGUGCUGUUGGCUUGACACCUGGCUCAGCUGGAGGUUUAGAAGGCCCUGAUCGCAUCUUUGUGGGUGGCCUCCCGUACUACUUCACCGAGGCUCAAGUGCGGGAGUUGCUUGAAUCCUUUGGACCGUUGCGAGGAUUUGAUCUUGUGAAGGAUAGGGAGACAGGCAACUCGAAAGGAUAUGCCUUCUGUGUAUACCAGGAUCUUAAUGUCACCGACAUUGCCUGUGCUGCCCUGAAUGGUAUCAAGAUGGGAGACAAGACCCUCACUGUUAGGCGAGCAAAUCAAGGCACUUCUCAACCAAGGCCAGAGCAAGAAACCAUCCUGUUGCACGCACAACAACAAGUGCAGAUGCAGAAACUCGUGCUACAAGUUGGAGGCGCUCUACCGACAAAGGUGGUAUGCCUGACCCAGGUGGUUUCAGCAGAUGAACUGAGAGAUGAUGAGGAAUAUGAGGAUAUUUUGGAAGAUAUGAGGGAAGAAGGGCGCAAAUAUGGUAACUUGGUUAAAGCUGUCAUCCCACGACCUGACCCCAGCGGCGCUGCUGUUCCUGGAGUUGGAAAGGUGUUUCUGGAAUAUGCAGAUAUUGACGGCUCGACCAAGGCGAAGGUCGGGAUGCAUGGCAGGAAGUUUGGCGGGAACCAGGUGGUGGCCGUGUUCUACCCUGAAAACAAGUUUGCUGAUGGAGAUUAUGAUGAUUAGAUGAAGUCCUCUGCUCAGUUGUCACCCGUACCAUGCGUUUGCUUAGUUUUCAAAUUGAAUCCUUUUUUAAUCUGUUUGUGGAACCGUCUGCUCGAUAUAUGGUAUAAUUUUAUUUGUCAUGUACAUCUACCGCUGCUGCCCUUGCCUACAAGUACUGUAUCCAAACUUGAUCAGUGCUGGUAUCUUCCCCUUACUGGAUGUGGGAAAGGAUAUAUAAUGACUGAUAUUAUGCUAUUAAAGGAUUGUAGGCAUGUUUCAAAUUAUUA